AGCAACAUUAACAAACUAGUUCUUGUUCACCUGCUUCACCCCCCUCUUUCAGUGUAGCAACUUACCUUUUAAUCUCAUCAAAGCCAUGAGUAUUAUAACAGAUCCUCUUGUAAUUGGAAGAGUGAUUGGAGAUGUAGUUGAUGAUUUCACCACAACUAUGAAAAUGUCUGUCACUUACAACACUAAACAAGUCUACAAUGGUCAUGAGUUUUUUCCUUCCUCACUUACCACUAAGCCUAAGGUUCAGAUUCAUGGUGGUGACAUGAGAUCUUUCUUCACUCUGAUCAUGACAGAUCCGGAUGUUCCUGGCCCUAGUGAUCCGUACCUGAAAGAACACUUACACUGGAUAGUGACAGAUAUACCAGGCACAACAGAUGCUACAUUUGGAAAAGAAGUGAUGAAAUAUGAAAUGCCACGUCCUCAAAUAGGAAUUCAUAGGUUUGUGUUUCUCCUUUACAAACAGAAGCGCAGACAGACAGUGAUGAAAAUACCAACAUCAAGAGAUCUCUUUAACACACAGAAAUUUGCACAAGACAAUGACCUCGGGCCUCCUGUGGCUGCUGUUUUUUUCAAUGCUCAAAGGGAGACAGCUGCCAGAAGACGUUGAAAUUUAAAACCAAAACUAAAAGUUAUGUUCGAGUGCUAUUUAUAGGUAAACUUGUCACAAAAUAAGUGUAGGUUUUUUAAGGCUGUUUUCUUUAGCAGCACUUUGUUCAAAG